AUGGACCUACCUGAUUAUCACCCACAGCAGCCACAGCCACUCAUCCAUCACCCUUACAGCUACCCGGAGGAUCUGUUAACGUUGGAAGGAUCAUCAACAUCUCAGGAAUUAAGGACAGAGCCAGACAGCAGAGCAGAGUCAGAGGAGAGCUGUCCCAUCUGCGGAGACAAAGUGUCAGGAUACCACUAUGGACUGCUCACUUGUGAAAGCUGCAAGGGCUUCUUUAAACGCUCAGUGCAGAAUAACAAGCGUUACACCUGUGCAGAUCAACAGAGCUGCCCCAUGAACCUUUCACAGAGGAAACGUUGUCCUUCAUGCCGCUUCCAAAAGUGUUUGGCAGUGGGCAUGAAGAGAGAAGCGGUAAGAGCAGAUCGUAUGAGAGGUGGGAGGAAUAAAUUUGGCCCUCUGUACCGGCGGGACAGGCAGAUGAAGCAGCAAAAGGUUUAUUACCAGGCUCCCUACAGGAUUAAGAUGGAAACUACUCAAACACACCGACCCACAGCACCAAAUGACCCUCAUCUAAUGAGCAGUCACACAAGUGCUCCAUUGCCUUCUGAUGUUUUUCAUCAGUCCCACAUGUAUCCCUCUGACAUGGGGCAGUUGUGUGCGCCCAUGCAUCUGGACUGCACUAUGAACGCAGACAGGGUGCUCACUCCUCUGUCACUGCCCAACCCUGGUUUGUACCACGGCACCUUCCCUGGAUAUGUCCAGGAGAAAGACGAAAUGCCUUUUAGCUACAGCCAGGCUCCCACAAACUAUGUGCACCCAACUCCGAACAAUUCAUUCACACCAAGAAGCACACCAACAUCAUACCCCUGCUCAACGCUAAACUCAGCCACCCCACUCUCCCAGGCUUCCACUCAAACCCCAUACACCCCCUCAUUGGCCACUCUUACACCCAGCUUCCUAAGUCAACUCCUGGAGGGGGAGCAGGAGGAGAGCCAGCUGUGUGCCAAGGUCCUCACCAGUCUGCAGAGAGAACAGGCCAACCGAGGGAAACACGACCGCCUAAAUACAUUCAGCAUCAUGUGCAAAAUGGCUGACCAGACUUUGUUUGGGCUUGUGGAGUGGGCCAGGAACAGUGCACUCUUCAAAGAGCUCAAGGUGGAUGACCAGAUGGUGCUGCUGCAGAGCUGUUGGAGUGAGCUGCUGGUCCUGGAUCACCUCUGUAGACAGGUGACCUACAGUAAAGAGGACUGCAUAUAUCUUGUCACAGGACAGCAGAUUGAUCUGUCGACUAUCAUCUCUCAGGCAGGUGGGAGACUCAGCGGCCUGGUAUCGAGGACUCAAGACUUAGUUUCCAAACUGAGGGCAUUCCAGCUGGACAGACAUGAGUUUGUCUGUCUCAAGCACUUGGUGCUAUUCAACCCUGAUGUGAAGUCAGUGCAGAGCCGCAGGCAGGUGGAGCAGACACAGGAGAGGGUGAACAGGGCCCUGAUGGAGUACACCCAACAGAGUCAUCCAAGACACUCAGACAAGUUUGGUCAGUUGCUGCUCCGGCUUCCUGAAGUACGCAGCAUUAGUUUGCAGCUUGAGGAGUAUUUGUACCAGCGCCAUCUUCUGGGAGAUUUGCCCUGCAACUCUCUGAUCACCGAGAUGCUGCACACCAAGCACAGCUGA